AUGGAUUUAACUGUACAGAUAAACAGAUCAAAACGCAAUCAGAGGUGUCGCGAUGAAUUUACAAUUAAAUGGACCCACCCUCAAUUACAGGCCAGCACAUUGUUCGUGGCCAGCGUGUGGUCGGCGCCGAUAAACAUCUCUAAGAUGUACCUUGCUGGUGUACCGCGUGGCCUUGUACAUUUGUGUACAAUUGGAUCAAAGAAAGCCCGUCUGAUCACCACUGACCACCAGCUUCACCAACGACGUAGAAUGUUUAGAUAUCAGAUGCGGUGCAACUACUGUUUGAUAUUCACCAGCAUCAUCAGCUGCAUCAUCAUUCUUAUCUUCGUCGCACUUUUGGUCCUCGAAUUGAAUCAGCCAAUUUGGAGAGCUGAUAAAAAUAUCAUUCGAACCACUUCUGGCGUCUUUCCAGAGCGCGUUUCUGUUGGGCCGAAUUCGGUGAGGUUGAAACCGUUCUCAGCCCUGGAUUCUAAUUUUAAUCAUGGUAAGAACAUGAAACAUGCGAACGAUUUUCAUCAAGACACAGCCGUGACAACAGAAAAUAAGCAUAGAAAGAACGAUGUAGUAAGUUUAAUUGAAGUGCUUGGAGGUAAUGUGAUGUUGAAUAUGAAAGUUUCUGCCAAACCGCCAUUUUCUCUUGGUGGUGGUGGUGGAAAGGAAUGUGUAACUACUGCCGCUUUCAAAGCUUAUGUUACGAUCCCCACCACAACUACUGCCAUUGUACGUACUUCCACUUUUAAAAUGACUGCUCCAGCCGGAACUACAAACAAACGCGCAAGGAAUCGUCCGAUGCCACAAACUGUGGUUUUUAGGGUGAGGCCCACUGUAACAGCCACAACAGCCACACCAGCCACAACAGCCGCAAUAACAACCUUCCCAACGAGGAUAUUGAAAAAAGUAAUCCCGCUUGUGAUUCUUCAACAUGAUGGUUACGAUGAUUAUGACGAUGAAGAUGAUGACGACGACGAUGAAGACGAUUAUGGAGACGAGCAUGAAGCAGAAUAUAGAGAUGAUGACGUCAAACCCUCCUUCAAACAGUUUUCUCUCCUAAUGAAACACAGGUUCUUCCGGGAGAACAAUUGA